UUUGCCACCAAAAAUACAUAACCCACACUCCAACUAACAGUUGCCACAAAAUCUCCUCUACUCAUUUUCCACUCAAAAUUCCUUCCCUUCCCCAAUUUUCUUCCCGGAAGCUGAUUUUUCCCGGGAAAUUCGCCGGAGAAUCAUGGCCGGAGUUCUAAAUUACGCACAAAUCCCAAUUCUCCGGCCACUAACCUGCCGGAAAAUGCCGAAUAAGUCAUUUCGCAUUAGGGCUUCGACGGAAAUUUCAGAACCUACAGUAGGGGAUUUAGAUGCCAGAAUUUCGACAUCGAGCCCUAAUUUCUCAGCCCCGGCGAAUUUUAAGCCGCCGGAGCCGAAGCGAUUCGGGAUUAGACCAGAUAGGACUUUUGAUAUUCUUGGGGCUUCUCUGUCUCUCGUAUUCCGGUUAGGUACUGGUGUCUUUGCGGAUGGGUACUCGGUAUCCAUUGUGUCGAAGGAGGAAAUCCCGUCGGACCAAUAUGCUUUGGAAUUUGCUGGUUUUAAGUUGAAGGAGAGCUCAAAGUUAGGUCCGCGUCCUGAAAAGCCUAUUGAGAUAUAUGAAUUUGAAAGUUGUCCUUUUUGCCGAAAGGUCAGGGAAAUUGUAGCAGUGCUGGAUCUUGAUGUCUUGUACUAUCCUUGCCCUAGAAAUGGGCCAAACUUUCGCCCCAAAGCAUCUCAGAUGGGUGGAAAGAAGCAGUUCCCUUACAUGGUAGAUCCAAACACAGGAGUGGCCAUGUAUGAAUCGGAUGACAUAAUUAAGUACUUGGUCAAUAAAUAUGGUGAUGGUCAAGUCCCACUUUUGUUGUCUCUGGGUCUACUAACGACCUUAACGGAAGGAUUUGCAAUGAUUGGUCGUAUGGGUAGAGGGUCAUCUUAUAUUCCAGCAAAAUUGCCACCUAAGCCACUUGUAUUGUGGGCAUAUGAGGGUUCUCCGUUCUGCAAAGUUGCUCGUGAGGUGCUUGUGGAACUGGAGUUGCCACACAUUCAACGCAGUUGCGCACGUGGGAGCCCCAAAAGACAGGAUCUGUAUGCAAGAGUUGGUCAUUUUCAGGUUCCUUUUUUGGAAGAUCCUAAUACAGGGGUGCAAAUGUUCGAGAGUGCAGAAAUAGUAGAUUACCUAAAAGCUACAUAUGCUCUUUAGUAGCUGAUGUUCUGAGAUAAAAUGAAGGUUGGUUGGGUAGAUCAGGUUCAGGUUGAUCUAAUUAAAGACAUCAAAUCGCGUUCCAAUUUUCAAACUGUUCAAGAAAACAGAUCAGGUUUAGGUCAAGAGGUUCCUAACCCGUUUAUAGUAAACUCGAACCCGACACAAGUGACCCAUCCUGAUCCAUAAGCCAGACCUACAUAGACUUACAAAUUACAAUAUGAGGCAAAAGUGUGGACACAAAUGCAUCAGAUCCCAUGCUGCACUGCUCUGGAUGCAGUAGCAUAACCAUGUUCCGAGGCAAAGGAAGAUAUCCUAUGAAUGGGGCUGCUACGAGUAUCAUUAGGCUGCCUAUUUUUGUUCUUGUAGCUGUGGAAAACAAACACAAAAGUCCAGAAUCUGUAGUUCUUUUCACAGCAUUUCACCACCAAUAACUUUGCUAAAUGCUAAGAGAUAGAAAGAGAGAGUGCAAUUGUUCUUUACUAACCACUAACAGUGCACUGUGCACUCAGAGUGCGUUAGGCUAUGACGAUGAUGGGAUGGCAUGCAUGACUCCAAUUAUGGGGGGAGGUUAUAUUUGUUUAUUUGACUUAUAAAAGUUGUUAUGUUGGAGUUUUAAUCUGAUCCUUUCAUGGUGGCAUGUAAUAUAAGAGAAUGAGAUGCAGUAUUAGACCUUUUUAUGUCUUUAAUUUUGGACCAAAAGAUUUUAAGUGUUCCUCUUUUCAUUUUAGUUUUGUAAACUCUAGUUAUAGUGGUGAGUGGUCCAUCUGUUAGCCUUAAAAAUUAGUUAUAUUGUUAUAGGACUGUGUAUUUCAAUAGUGAUUGUAAGGUUGGUUUUGACUUAGUAUUUCCAAAUGAUAAAUUAUACUACCUCCGUUUCUUGAUAAGUGCAACAUUUCCCUUAUUAGGAAUAGUAACAAUAAGUGCAACCAAACUCAAAAUGGUAAAAAAAGUUCAAUAUUAUUACAAAUAUGCCACCAAAAAAUAAGAGGGGACCACAACUUUUUAGUUUCAUCACUUGAAUUACUCUACUUUAUUGUGGUCGCAACUUUCUCUCUCUAAAUUCUUUGGUAUUCCCCCACUUUCUCUAUGUUCCACUUAUUAAAAAACGGAGGAAAUAUUAGAUAACACGAGUGUUUUCCUCAAAUAAUUCCCAACUUUUUUUUCACCCUUGUUACUAAUAACUUUAAAUUUGUAAAUCGUUAUUAAACCUAACAGAAUGAUUGAUAGUGCUAAACCGAGCAAAAGUAUUUGUUAACUAAAUAUUCAUGGUCUAUUCUAUUAUUCGUAACCAUAUCUUUCGAGGAUGAUCAGAAGAGCACCCUCUUUCCACAUGAAGCCAAAAACUACAUUUAAGGAAAAUUCCAAAACCCAAGUCAUGAUGCAAACUCAAAAGGAAUUCACUUUCCUAUUUCAAGCGGCAAUACAUAUCACAAUUGUAUCACAUAACUCCAAAAUUCAUGUACUAUAAAUAGUCACAUGUAUUAUCAUAGCUAAGUAAGUGUUUUUUAGAAGAAAAAACAGAGAGCAACUAAAUAUUCAUGUUCUUUUCUAUUAUUCGUAAACAAACAAUUAGUCCUUCCAUUUUAAAAUAUAGUUCUUGUUUCUAUUUUGGGAGUCAAACUUUAAAAUUUUUGACCAAAUACUCUCACCAAUAUAUAUAUGAAAACAUACUCAUAUGGGGUUUUAUUAGAUUCGCCACAAUGUAUACAUUCAUAGUAUUAACUUUUUAUGUUUUUUACUAAUACGACAUAGAAAAUAUCGUAAGUCAAAGAUACGUCUUGAAAACUGUGCAAAAGGAAACAUAAACUAUAUUUUGGGACGGAAUACUAUUAUUUAACCAUACCUCAUGUAACUUGAGCUCCAUAAUAAAGAAGAGAUUCCUUCUAUGUGGAGACAACACUCAUACAAACGAGAUCUCAAAAAUAAUUAGUGUUAAUUUAGACAGGAAAUUCUGUGACCUGUACUUGACCUUAUAUGGCCCACAAAGAGACCAAGAUGCAGCUAAAACUGUAUAACACACUUUUAUAUUGUACUCCAUAUGGUAGUAUAAAUAUAGAUUAUGUAUCUUAUUCUAUUUCAGGAUUUUAAGGUCCAAACUUAGCCACUGUACUCCUAUAAUCUAGCCUUAAAUCCAAUGAUCUAAUGAGCUAUUAGUGGGGGAGAAUAUCAGCAAAACAUAACCAUCCAUAAAAAAAUUUCUAAUGAAUUCCUCUUCUUCAACCCUUUUCUUGCUUUGUGCUUCAUUAUUGUUCUUCGUGGCCCUCGCUUCAG